AACUCGCGAGUCAGCCGCCGUGCGCUGCGAUCGCGUGUACCAGAGACCCUUUGAACUAACUCGAGCCAUGUGUGAUGUUUUCAUCGCAGAGGGUGACUUUCGUCUAGGUUUCGUCCGCGACAUUUAUUUGUAUGAAUGAAUAAAUUUUGCAAAUAAUAUAUUCUGACGAGUCGUUUAGCUGACUGUAUAGGGGGACAGCUUUCGCCUAGUGUCUACUUUUCUGGUAAGCUCGUGGCCGUUGACAUUGCAGCGUGCGGAUCCCGCAGUGCGUGAGUGUGUGAUUAGCGAACAUAAUAAACGAAGAGAUCAGCUGAGUCGCGUAAACAUUUUUAAUUAGACAAUUAACGAUGUCAUAGACUAGAUGUACCGAAGCACAUAAAUACCGGUCCUGCAAGACUUCAAACAUGCGGCGUUUAUUGCUCCUGUUCCUACUUACAGGAACGGGAUUAGCUGUCGAAGUUCAUUUUGAAAAUAAAGACAGCGGGUUCUUUUUGAAACACACUCCAAGAUGGAACGGUGCCGGUCCCCCGCCUGAACCAAUAGGGACGGCUUUACCGGGGGCUUUGCUGUCUCUAGAUCGAUUCACGAUUUUACAAGGCUCAGCGCCGGCUUCAGUCCGAGCUACAUACGGUCCUUUUUCCACAAAACAAACUGUUCCUGCGCGUUAUGCAGUACCCGAUCCAUUGGAGCCACCGAAAAGGAAUGCAAGUUUGAUUGAAUUACAGGAAGCGACCGCGCACAGGCUGGAUGUUUCGGCUCAUUUAGUCUUCCGAGAACUGCCCCGAGACUCGCCUGUACUACGUGUACUGUUUCACACAGGGGGGGAAGGUGCACGAAGAGCAGCAUCUAGACCUCGACGUGUUUGCAUAACAUUGCAUGCGAGUCUUGGAUCGAAAUCGUUAACGGCCACAUGUGGUCCAGAAGGCGAAGAGGGGGCUUGCUUGGCUGAAUUAACAGUUCCUGCAGCGUGGUGGCCAGCUGACGGUAAAGGAAAAAGACCACCAAGAACUGUUAGGUUAGCUUACAGUGCCACAGAAGCUGGCAAUGGUGAAUCCGGAGAGGAUACGUGCGGUCGGGUCUCAGUACAACCAGCCUGGCCAUUGGGAUCCGUGAUUCUUGCGGGUGCAAGAGCAGGUUAUAGAGAAGCAAGAGCCGGCGAUGCAGCCCUCCUUCUACCACGAGCACCUCUGUAUCCGCAUUCUAGAAUACAUUUACCUUUUGUUGUUCGUCGUGACAGUUCUCACAAUAUAGGACACGUUGCCAUCAGAAUGAAAGUCAAGUCGGGAUUGAGGCUGCUAAGUGUUACGGCUGCCAACUCGCGCUGGGCUGUCACUUCAGAAGUAAAGAUGCGCUCUGCGACUGUCACAGCUACAAGAUUGGAGCAGCCACUGCGGGAUGAUGACGAUAUUGACUUUGAUGAAGAAGAAACUAUUGGAGCCGGAGGUCCUGGUUGGGAAGAAGUACUUACUUGGCUGGUGGAAGUUGGGCCUGAAGGUGAAGGUGACGCUGAGGGGUCCGAAGGCGAAUCUGGAAGGGGUACAGCACGUUUGAGCUGGUCAGCCAAAGUUUCUCCAAUAAUAUCUUCGUCUUCAACCACUGCUGAACCACCUCACGAACGGGUCAAUACACGUUUGGAUAUUGAAAAAGAUGAUAUACAAGCUGUUUUGCCGAUCUCAAAGAACUGGGAGGUACUGAAUACAGCCGUAUUGACUGGACGUCAAGUGUCACAGUCAAUGAAGGUACUCAUAGUCUCUCAAGCGGGACAAGUGGCUGACGUCACAUUACAGAGCUCCUGUCAUUCGGAAGACGAGAGCGUUCUCAAGGUGUCAUCGUCGUGCAGCUCCGUUUAUGUAGAUGGCUCCGAGAUUCGUGGCUCAUCGAACGCGUCCGUGAUAGUGAAAUACGGAACGUACACCGGCCUGGCAAGAUUCACUGUUUGGAUGCCUGAGAAUCCUCUAGAAAUUGAUGUGGAUGACAACAGAUUAUCCCAAAUUAAAGGUUGGAAGGUGUCUGACGAUGCAAGUUCAAAAGACAGACAGCGACGAUCAUUGUCGGCUCGAGGCUGGGGCGGAUCUAGAUCUGACGGCACUAACUCUUUGACGGAUCAACGCUCUUGUCGAUUGAGAUAUCAGCAGAGCAACGUAGAGGUGUACGCUCGUUUUCUUGCAAAAGAUCACGACUCUGGAAGGGUGUCGUAUUUCGUGUCUCGUCGAACUUGGCUUAAAGUUACCGAGCUCGUGAUGUCGUUGAUGCGUGUCGCCGACUUGCGCAUCGCAACAUUAAGAGGGAAACUUCUUCAGGGCCGGAGUACCGGCAGAACAGAGGUUCAAGUCUUAUCCCCUAUAACUGGUCGUGUUAUCGGCGUCCGUGAAGUCCGUGUUGGUAACGACAAAGUAUCGAUCUCAAGGUUACUUGUUCGUGUGAUAUCUGGCCUUCAACUUAACAUCUCUCCGGACUCGGCUAUAGAAAAUGGAUAUGUUUCCGAAACGACAGUCACGAGACGAUUAACAGCACAAUAUCAGGAAGGUCUAUUGGACAUUGAUAUCGAGUAUUCGGACGGAAGUCACACUCCGCUUCGCGAUGUGGCCGUAUCUGACUACUUUUUACUAGUCGAGAGCCUCGAUCCCGAAGUUGUGGCUUUUGCGCCAAUGUUGGCUUCCAAGCACCCACGUGUGAUUGCUGUUGGUGAAGGCAGCGGUGAACUUCUUCGUGUGACUUUGUUAACGCCUGAACAAUGUCGUUCCGGGCCAAUACGACGCGUUGCGCUUCCCGGGAAAGGUGACGCAAAGACUCCGGCUAACAUUAAAAACAUUCCUGGGGCAUUGGCCACGGCGGCUGCGAGCGUAGAUGUCGACUUCAGCGGGGGAGAUGCACCACAGAGACCGGAUACGCCGCAGAACGAUGAUAUUAUGGCCAGAGGAGGACUUCGAAGUGGAUUGUCGGACCUUAGCGACGUGUUGAAGGGUAUAUCGCCGUUCAAAGACGAAAACAACCAUGAACCGACAGUGCAGGCGCAACAUUACAAUUCGAUCUUCCGAAGCAACCCCGCGCAGCACCCCCGACAACAUCAAUCAACCGUCAUGACGCCGGUUGAAAUAGGAAUGUACGUUCUCCUUGGUGCUUUCUGCUUCGCGAUAGUAGUAUUCGUCGUAUCAUGUGUGGUGUACGCUUCUCGUCUGAAGCCGGCCGGACCAGAAGGAGGCACGGGUAUGUGCCGCAAGAUACCGGCACUAGCUGAAGGGGGGCGGUUGCAGGUCGCAGGACUAGUGGGAACUACGCUCGGACUGGCCAGGGACAAGCCCACAAGGGAAUCCACAACAAACGCUCAUGAUUGGGUUUGGCUAGGCAGGGCAACGAUGGAGAGAAGCGGCAAUCGUCAUCAAGCCAAUCGCAAUUCCACACAAGUUCCGGACAACGGCAAUCAAGAGAUCAGGAUCACGGCUAAUCCUCUAAACUACAACUAUGUUGAUCCCGAUGACGCGAUACGAGAUAACGGAAACGUUAUGGUCACAAGUUUCGACAAUCCAAACUCAAUUGAGUUGCCAUCGCAAAACGACACGAGAGUUAUCGAUUCCACGACUUACUGUAAGAAACCAGCUCGGCACACCCGUCAAUCGUCUGGAGAUGGACAUUGGCAGUCGGAGCCCAACAAUCCGGACGACUACCGACCGCCGGUGCCGCCACACCGACACUCCUCUACCAUUCAACAGUCGCAGUUGCCCGUACCCCCACGAAAUCCGAACAAAAUUUUGCCCGAAGCGGUUAUGCCACCAGCUAGACGAAGCCACUCAAGAAAUCACAAAAAAUACGAACGCGAACACGAACCCACGAAGAGAUCCCCGGAAAACGCCCGCCGCUCAGACCGAAUUAUUGAUCUAAACAAAACGGACGCACCAUACGUAACGAGCAGAGAUAUAAGCCAGUAUAAACGUGAUUCGGAUCCGAUGCAAAACUUAAAUGACUUUGAUGAUAACCCGGUUGAGAAACUCACGAACAAGGACGAUUGCGCUCGCCUGUUUGAAUUUGACAACGACGCUCCUCUGAUCAUGGAGAACAAGGACUACAGAGAGAUAGUGGGACUGAACAGAGGUACCGACGAUUCCCGACGAACAUUCGCGAAGCCAGAAAGCCCUGAUUACAUGCACGACUCUGGAAUAGGCCUACCGGACAUGCAGAUUCGUUAUAAGAACAAAGCCAAGGAACCCAAAGGAGAUUUUGUCGAGUCUGCAAACCAAAACAAACCAAGCAGCUCUCCCGAAGUGAAACGCGCCACUAUAGUAGGCAACCCGAUGUUCUCACGCGAGGAGCGCCGCGACCCCCCCGCGGAGGCCCUGGGACUCGACGACCUCCACAUGGAUUACGAUCAGAUCAUGCACUAUUUCCACAACCUCAAGGAAUCGAACGCCUGAGUAGAGCAGAUCAUUGCAAAGAUCCGGCAGGUAUUGUCUACGUUUAAAUAUCAGCAUAUCAUCAAAGCUCCUCCAAUCGACGUAUACAAUGCUCCCUGCGAUAUAUCCAGGGUAGCCGGCCACGAGGAUAGUACUGUUGACACGCACAACAACAACAUAUGUUCCAAUGAACAUAUAUACGAGAACGUUAGCAACGGUAACGCGGUCGCACCAACGCAAAUGCUAUGCGACUCAAUCGCUCACAAGAACAAUUUUAUGAAAAGGCAACUUAAGUUUUUAUUAGAACAUCUGAGCGAAGCGUAUGAAUAAACUUGUUCAGUCAAGGUAUUAUCCUCAAACGGGUCUAAUGUGGAUCCUUGCAGUGAUCGAAAUCGAAAUAAUACAAUCAAAAUGUAACUGUUUUAUAAAUAUUAUAAUAAUACUAUGUAAUGUUAUCGUUAAUAUAAUCUAGUCAUCGACAAAUUGCACAUACCUGUAAAACGUACCUAAUAAUAUGUGUGUAGUGAAUAAUGAAUACUCUUAGUAAUAUUAUUGGUAUAUAAUUUAACAUGUUUCAAUCUAAUGCAGAUUGUAUGUAUUUUUACCUUAUUGUAUUGUUAAAACAAUAGGUACCAAUCGUUAUAUUUUCAACAACAAAAAAAAUGAAUGAAGCUAAACCCAUUCCUUUACUCCCCAUAGUGUACUGUACACUGCAUUCGUUCUAGAUCUGUAUAUAUAUUUUCCACUAGAAUAUAAAAAUGCUACCUCACUUUAUCUUAACUGUAGCUUAGCUAAAUAUGUGUGUACGCGAAUAAUAAUAAGUGCGUUUAUGUAAUGACCCUGGAAUCUUUAAAACGCCUAGUGAUUAAGACUGCAAAAUGCCAGUGUUUAGGAUACAUAUUAUUUAUGUUUUAAAUUUUAACGUAGAACGGAACGCAGGACUAGUCAAGUAUUUUUUACGUAUCGGCCUUAUUUAUUUGCUCACAUUUGUAACUUCUACUGAAUAGGAAUUCUUAUUUUGUUAUUAAAAUACCGAAUUCAUACGUAAUUAUAUCUUUUCGUUAGAUUAUAUUACGUAUUUAAUAUAUUGACUGUUUAUAUUUAAGUAUAAUUUUGUUAUGCCAACAUUGCCUACCGCAGAAUCAUAAUGUGAUAAACGGACUUUAUUUUUAUUAAAAACUCCGGUUGUUUUUUUUUAAAUCUACUAAUUAAAGGUAAAGCUUGUAUUAUAGUAUCAACAGUUUAAUUUAUUUGUGGAACGUCGAUGUAAAUUGCAUUUAUUUGUAAGAUAGAAUUAGGCUUUGUAAAUAUUGUUAUGAAGUUAUAUAAUUUAUAUGUAUGUGGAGAUGACAACUUGAAUAGAAGAUAUUAUAAUUAAUGUGGUAGUUGCUUAAAAUUUAUUGGACGGUAGCUGUGCACAGAAUAUCACUAAUUAAAUAUGAUAUUAUAUUUGGUGUCUGUUAAUAGUACACAUUAGCUAAUCUUGUGUAUUUAAUAUGAAUUGAUGUGAAUCUUAAAAAAAGUUUUAAUCGGCAACAAAUAUUCUAAUGCAAUUAAACUCAAAUUUAUAUCAUUUGAGUCUUGAUAUUAAAAAUAGCGUGCUGUUUAGCUUCUGUCUUUAGGUUAAGGACGACAAGUACAGCCUUGCUUUAAAAUAUUCGAAGUAUAAUUUUUUUUACGUGACGAAUAUUGAUCAAUACAGAUUAGUUUGUAAGUAAGGCUGGUAAAGUGUUAGUAUUAUCUGCUGUAGCAAUUUUUGCUGUGACGUCUGUAUUUGUUGAAUUUUUGCCAUAUUUUAAGGGAACAUAAAAUUAUUGCUACGAGAUAUAAAUGUACGCAAAUUGAGGCUUGUCACGGUAACCCUUUCGGCAAAUGUCAAAGUUAAUAAACCAUUAAAAGUACAUACACA